AUGGAUUCUCUCAUUGCAGCAAACUCCAAAUUUUGCUUUGAUCUUUUUCAAGAAAUAAGCAAAAAUGAUGGUGCUAAGAACAUUUUCUUCUGUCCUCUGAGCCUCUCAGCCGCCCUUGGCAUGGUCCGUCUGGGGGCCAGAAGUGAUAGUGCACAUCAGAUCGACCGGGUACUCCACUUUGAUGAACUUUCCCAGGAGAAAACCAAAGCACCGGAUCCCUGUCUGAAAUACAAGGAGCAGGAGGUGGAGUCUUCAAAGGAUGGGAAUGAACUUCUCAGUUGCUACUUUGGGCAGCUUCUCUCCAAACUAGAUAGGAUCAAAUCUGAUUACACCCUGAGUAUUGCUAACAGGCUUUAUGGAGAGCAGGAAUUUCCAAUCUGUCCGGCAUACCUCGAUGGUGUGAUUCAAUUUUAUCACACAACGAUUGAAAGUAUAGACUUCCGGAAAGACACUGAAAAGUCUAGACAAAAGAUUAACUUCUGGGUUGAAUCUCAAUCCCAAGGUAAAAUCAAGGAACUCUUCAGCAAGAAUACCAUUAACAAUGGGACUGUCCUGGUGCUGGUGAAUGCUGUUUACUUCAAGGCCAAAUGGGAAAAAUACUUUGAAGUUGGAAACACAGUUGAUGCACCUUUCUCUUUAAGCGAGAAUGAGAAGAAGACUGUGAAGAUGAUGAAUCAAAAGGGUAUGUUUAAAAUGGGCUUCAUAGAGGAGGUGAAUGCACAGAUCCUUGAAAUGCCGUAUACCAAGGACAAGCUCAGCAUGUUUGUUCUCCUGCCAUCUCCCUCUGCAGAUAACCUGAAGGGCCUACAGGAGCUUGAAAGAAACAUCACUUAUGAAAAAAUAGUGGCCUGGAGCAGUCCAGAAUAUAUGUCAGAAAAAAGAGUAGCUGUCUCCUUUCCCCAAUUCACCCUGGAAGAUAGCUAUGAUCUCAACUCUAUUCUCCAAGACAUGGGCAUCACGGAUGUCUUCGAUGAAAAGAAGGCUGAUCUUACUGGAAUCUCUCCACAUCCCAGUUUGUAUUUGUCAAAAGUUGUCCAUAAAACCUUUGUGGAGGUGGAUGAAGAUGGCACCCAGGCAGUUGGAGCCAGUGGGGCUGUGGGCAGUGUAAUGUCUGCACCAUCCUGGGAGACCUUUAAUGCCGAUCACCCUUUUCUAUUUUUCAUCAGACACAACAAAAACCAGACCAUUUUCUUCUAUGGCAGGGUCUGCUCUCCCUGA